UCUUCUUCAACCUCUAUCAACCAUGUCUGAUUCUGAUCCCUCCUCCAGUUACUUCAAUGAAUGUUUCAAUCUCAACCCUUUCAACCAUUUCUUGCCCUCUGCACAUACUUCAAAUCCAUCUUCACAUGCUCCUAACCAUGCCUACAAUAUUUACUCAAAUACUAACCAUGGAAAUUCUCUUACUCAAUAUUUUCAGGCUUCACCUCCCUCUCCUCCUCUCAAAGAAGCUCUUCCCCUUCUCAGUUUAAGCCCAACAAAGCAUGAAGAACCAGAGGAUUCCUAUAGUGCCAGCAAGGAGAUGGAGAAAAAUAAGGACAAAGAAGAAAGUUGCUACUCUAGUUUGGGUGAUGAUGGAACUGUCACCUUAGCUCUUCAUUUGGGACUCCCCAGCCCUAGUUCUUCUUCUGAUUUAAUCUCAAGGUUUUCAGCUGCUGAUGAUCAGCAGUUUUCAGCUACUGCUGUGGCAGAUAAAGAAGAUGUCACUGUAGCUUCAUAUUACCAAUCAAAUACACUCAACAAGGGUCAAUAUUGGAUCCCAACUCCUGCUCAGAUUCUGAUUGGACCUACACAGUUUUCAUGUCCCCUUUGCUUCAAGACCUUCAAUAGAUACAACAACAUGCAGAUGCAUAUGUGGGGGCAUGGAUCUCAGUACAGAAAGGGGCCAGACUCUCUAAGAGGAACGCAACCAACGGCCAUGCUGAGGCUCCCUUGCUAUUGCUGUGCACCAGGAUGCAGGAACAACAUUGAUCAUCCAAGGUCAAAACCUCUCAAAGAUUUUAGAACUCUUCAAACCCAUUACAAAAGAAAGCAUGGAAUCAAGCCUUUGACGUGUAGAAAAUGUGGGAAGGCCUUUGCUGUCAGAGGUGAUUGGAGAACCCAUGAGAAAAACUGUGGGAAGCUUUGGUAUUGCACUUGUGGGUCUGAUUUCAAGCACAAAAGGUCUCUCAAAGAUCAUAUUAAGGCAUUUGGGAAUGGGCAUGCAGCUUAUGGCAUUGACUCUUUUGAUGAAGAUGAACCAGCUUCUGAAAUUGAGCAAGACAAUGAAUCCUCUCAGUGACAUAGGAAAUGCUGCAAUACAACUUCACAUGAUCAUAAUGAAAUUCAUGUUUUUGUGCAUUGGUUAUUU